AUGACCACAACCUAUGAGCUGCGCAUCAGAAACGAUCGCCAUGUCAUAGACAUCGCGGCGCCGGACAUGGACGUACCAGCCACCGGCAGGAAUUCUCCAAACCAGACCGGCGGCGGCGAGAUCCACACGGAAUGGCUGCGCGAGCUCACGUCCGUGCCACGGAACGCCGCCGUCCUGAAGGACCUCAUCAGCCGAACGCCGGCGUUGUGGUUCCUCGGCGAGCGCCCCGCCACCAUCCUCCGGCCGCGCUCCCGACGCGCCGGCGUGAAGGCGCUACACACGGCGCGCGUGGUGGCCAUUGGCCCGUACCAUCGCGGCGAUCGGGGCCUCGCCUUCGACGACGAGUCAAAGCUGUCGUUCUUGCGGUACCUGCGGGAGCAGUGCGGGCUCGACUUGGUGGAGUACGUCGCGGCGCUCGGGGCGGCGCGUGGCAGCUUCCGCAACGAGUUCGCGGACGACGCGGUCGCCGCGGAUCUGCUGCAGGACGAGCAGAAGUUCGUGAAGAUGCUCCUCCUGGACAGCAGCUUUGUGCUCGUCUUCGGCCUCAUGUUCGGCAGGCCCGGCGCGGCGGCGUCCUUCACCAUGGAGCACUUGGUACUGCACUCGGCCCUGGCGCAGCACGCCGACGAGAUCAGGCUCGACCUGCUCGUGCUGGAGAACCAGGUCCCUUUCGCCGCCGUCAAGCUGCUCGCCGCCUCGUGCCACCGUCUGAAGCUCCGCUCCGUCGAGGAGCUGGUGCUUGGCUGCUUCGACGGCAUCUCCCCGAGGAGGGCACGCGGCAAGGUCGACUUGGAAACGACGGACGCGAGAUUCUAUCACGUACUACACCUCUUCCACUGGUCGUGCGUCCCGGAGAACAAGUACCGCGUCCUCUCCAUGCCACUGAAGCUUCUCGAGUCGGAGCCGGAGCCGGAGCGGCUCAUCCCUUGCGCCAGGGAGCUGCAGAACUCUAGAGCAAACUUGUCUCACGCCGGGGCCCAUGCCGACCCCAAGCUCGGCGGCCUCGCCGCGCUGCGCAUGCUCUGGCUCGCUGGCUGCAACCUCGGCGGCUCCAUCCCGCCGUCUCUCGGCCAGCUCGACGUCUCCACAAACGCGCUCACCGAGCCGACACCGCCACAGAUUGCUGGGCUCAUGAGCGUCGUCCAGAUCGAUCUUUACAACAACUACUCUCUCUCUCUCUCCGGCCCGAUCCUGAAGAGCUUCGGCAAGCUGGUGGAGUUCAUGAGCAUGGACGUCGCCGGAGGCGGCCGGGAGCGGCUGGGAUUGCUGGAGGAGCAGGUGAGACAUGAACGAGGAUGGGGAGGAAGGGGCCAGAAGUCAACCAGGUUAUUUAGACUAGUCUAUGUGCCGAAACCACUGUCCACGUGGCCUAAACCACUACGAAAAACAGCUCAUCACUAG